AGCAACAUCAAAACGCUUAAUAACAACAAUACAGCAUGUAAAACUCGUACUGCUUGUUUAUUUAAUUUCGAGUGAAAUAUAAAAUAUAGUCUUCAAAGCAGUUAAUGCAAUAAAUAAUAACCUUUAAAAUAUGUCGCUAAAUCCAUUGAAUGAAUUGAAACGUCGCUUGGACGAUGAUAAAACACCUUUACCCAAACGCCUGUGCCUCGCUAAGAAUGUGGUGCAAUCCCACCACUUCCCCACCGCUCCUAAAGAGAGGAUUGUGGCAGAAUGGCUUCAUGCCUUGACCGAGAAGAACAGACUAAAUAGUGAUGAUUUAAAAAAUGUUCUGAAUUGGCUGUCUGCUGUUGAUGACUUGACUAGCGAACUGAAAAGUAAACUGAUACAGAUUGUAUCUCAAUAUAUACAAAGGAAUGCACUACAAACAAAUGACAUACAAUACAUCUUAUCAUUUCUAGAGAACCCUAAAAUAUAUUCACAGCUAAGUCUACAAAUUGACAACUAUUUAACUAUUACGAUAACACUACUACAAUUUCUACGUAAUGAUGAAACAAACACACAAGCUUGUCAAAGAAUUCUUAAUAACUUCAUAAAGUAUUACAAAGAUUCUAAAAAAAAACUAGAGUUUAUUAUCAAGUUGUUGCAUGGGGAAAACAUUGAAACUAUAUUCGGUUUCUUAAAUACCGAGUGCCGUAAAAAUGCCGUUGACGUUUGCCAGAGUAUAUUGUUCCCGAUCAAUAAAAAAUCGUUCUUCAUUAGUUUUCUGCAAACUUUGAUACGUAAAGAUAAUAUAGAAGAAUUGAUAGCUGAAAAGGGUGAUAAUAUUCAGUCCGUAAUCAAAAUCAUGAAUACGUUCUUUGAGUUUCCGAAGAACCGUUCUGAUGCAGACACAAAAUUCCUUCAUAACUUUAUUGAUGUCUUUGUCAGUUCGUUUCAAAAGGAAAAUCAGAUUGUUUUCGCUUUUUAUGUAAUGGUAUCCAGUGUCUUACAAAUGGAACAAGAUUUUAUCAUCCCUGCCAUGUCUUUACCACCUAUAUUGGAUGGUGAUGCAAAACACAAAAGGAAUCUUUUCCUUAAUAUGCUAGAAGUCUUAGUAAAGAACGAAAUUGAUAUUAAUGUCAGAUUAACUGACACAUUUGGUGAGAAGAUACCAAAAGUGGAAACAAAAAAGAACUUCACUUCUUUUCUCCAAGUUGUCAUGAUGGGUCAGUUAAAACUUGAAGGAAAACUGGACAAAACAACUUUGCAAAUUAUUAAAACGGCUUUAAAACUCGACCCAGUGUUGAUAGAAAAUCAAAUCAACUCAAUUCUACCAUCAAUUAUGACGGCUAAGAAAAGCAGUACCAGUACAAUGGAAACUUAUGUAGACACCAUGAAUUGUUUACUCGAAAUACUCUUCAAAUUGAGCAGAGGUACUCUAUUCUUUAACCAAAUUCUACCAUCAGUAAAGAAUAUUUUGGAGGCAGGCAACACUGAGCAAUUUGAACUGAUACAGAAGGCUAAAGAGGCGAAAUCAAACGGUUUGGAUUGUGAGAAAAGUGAGAGUAAAAUAAUAACUGGUUCAGAUUUGUUGCCUCAAGAAUGUGUUAAUUUAUAUGGGAAGCUGACCUCUGAUCUGAUGUUUAGGCAGAAUAAGGAGCUUCUAGAGCUGUUACAGAAAGAUCUAGAAGUUUAUUGCUUAAUGAUGUUGGAAGAAGGAUUCGUGAGUCCCUCAAUCAUAGUUCUAACAGAAGUAUUGUCGGCCAUCUUGUCUUCCUUCCUGCAGUUUAACAAAAUGGCAGAUCACACGGUACCUAUGAACGUGGCUGAAGAAUUCUGGAAUAUGUACAAAAAGUUCGAAGAGGACUGCUUGAAUAAAUUCGGGAUGUGUGUUUUGAAACUCAGUUAUAACCCGCCACUAGUAAUAUCUUUCCUCAAGCUAUGCCAAAGCUUUGCCCAACUAAAACUCCUCAACAUCAAAUACAGUAACGUGAAAGUAGAAAUACCAGAGGAUAUCGAUACAUCGGAGCUUUUUGAUCUGAGCGUAUUAUUGCCGUGUUUGAAUAGCAAGCAAUGGAUCGCGUUAGCGGCGAAAAUUGUGGAUGAUGAGGCUGUUCUGUUGUUGGACAACUUACUCUUAGCAAAAACAAUGGCACUUCAGCUACUAUCAACACGAAACCAACAAGAUAACUCUACCACAAUAACACCAACAAAAACACAUUUGAUCAAACAAAUAACCACAAAUCCAAGUCUUCUUCAACAGGCGUAUUUCUGCAAAAUAUUGUUCUCAGAUUUAGACAAAUCACAUACUAAGGAGUUAGCCAAAUGUUUGGUCAAACUCUGCCUCAACGAUUCCAAUGAUAAUACACUACAGCUUGAAGCUAUAGCCAAUAACAAAGAUUUGAUAAACGCAUUGGUGCUAGAAACUGCUAAGUCUGCAGCGAAAUGCUUCGAAAAUGAUGACUCUUUGAGUAAAAUGUUCGGAAAAUCAGACUUUAAUAUGAUUACCUUCGCAAAAGAAAGGAAAAUAGUAGAUUAUUUUAAUCAAAUAACAUUAAAAUCAGAUUCACAAGACACUUUGAAAAGCUGCGUGAAUAUAUUCAAACAGUUACCUAUCUACUACUUAGAAGAAAACUACCAAUUGGUAGCAAUUUUCGUUAUGCUGGUAAUCAAAAAUUGCACUAAUGCAAAGAAAUUGAAACGGAACAUCGAUUAUGUGUUGCAAAGUAUUUACGAACUAAGUUUCCAACGGCCUGACUUAUAUCAAAUAUUCCCUGCCGACAAUAUUUUCAAUUUCAAAGACACCACUUUACUAGAUCUGCUCACAUUGAAGAUAAAAACACCGAAUACAUUAAUUAUAAUAAAAAGUCUUCUAGAAUUGGCUGUAAAGAAAGUCAGAAUCGACAGUGAUCAAGUAAAGAAUAUAGUAGAAAAACUUGUAAAGAAAAAGAAGAAUAUAUCCAAUAUAGAAUCAUUUAAUAUCCCAGUGUUCCAAAUUACUUGUCUAAUUCUGCCAUCCAUAGUAAAACAGAAGAAAGCAAUCACUGCAAGUGCUUUCAGAUCUAUAUUAGCAGAUUUACAAGAAAAACUGUACAUCGCUUUAUUAGAAUCUUUCAAAAAUAUCAAUUUUGACAGUAAUACGUUUUCAAAAAAUGAGACUGUCAAUACUGAUGACAGUGUGGUAGAAAGUGACAAUAAUGUGGCCACACUGAACGCGAUGGUAGCUUAUUCGUUAAUACUGACGAGGUACUGUGAAGCUACGGAUGCUGAAGAGAUGAAGAAUUAUGAUUGUUUAUUAUCCGGGUUGGAAUUUUUCGUUCAGAAUGCUAUUAAAACCAUUGAAAAUGCAGAAUCGAAACCCUCAUACAUAGAAUCAUCAAUUCAACUCUUAAACGUUAUAUUACGACGUUUCAAGAAACUAGAAACCCAUCCAAUAUUUCAAGAGAAAGACAAAUUAUUUACACAAAUAUGGAAGAGUAUAAAAUCUAGGAUAAUUCUGGAAGAAGAUAAGAAAGUGAUGAGUGGUCCUUGUUUAGAAGAAUUGGCUACGGCGUUGAAGUUUGUCUGCGAGUUGGCUUCUGUUGACUGCUAUGUGACUAAUAUUGUGGGGGAUUUGAAUCAUUUGGUGGUUUUAAAGAAACCAACACAAAAAGAAUCAACAACUCCAGAUAUUAAAUCAAGAAGAGUAUUUAAAUACCUUUGGGCUCAAUGCCUUAAAGCUAACAUCGUCGGUCCGAAAUGUGUUGCCAUGUCAAAAUUAAUGUACCGCACAUGUAAGAAUUUAAGGAAUUGGAUGAGACAACACUUUGAGUUUGAAGACAGUGUUGCCAAAAUAAAUAUUGAAAUUACCACCGAAGAUGAAGUUGUGAAGGUUGUUAAAGUUGAAGAUUCGAUUUGUGAAAUUAUUAGAUUGGAUUUGGAUUCGCUUUCGGAAAUUCUUUUGGCGGCUAAAAAGAUAUCCCUCGACUAUCAAUUCGUGGACAUAACGUUUGAGGUACAGCAUCUUGUUCAUUUCAUACUAGGCAGUAAGAACCAAGUCAGGUGCGAUAUAUCCUGGGAGUCGUUCUUCAAGUUGUACGAGGGUUGUGUCACUGUGUUGAAUAAUCUACUGCUGGCAAGAGAAGAGGUCUUGGAGGACAGGUGGCCAUGUUAUAUGCAGUGCUAUCGAGCACUGAUAACGUCGCUGUGUGAACGAUCAUCGACUCACGCGCAUAUUGAUAGGAAAGUCGAGGAGAAACUAGCUGAAAUCGCACAUUCUAUUGAAAAAUUAACCCAAUCAAUAAGUAAACGCAAGAAGCACGUAUCAAGAAUAGCAGCAUACACUGUAGCUGAUAUCUGCACAUCCCUAGAACGGAACGCACCGACCAAGAUGGUUCGCCAACAUCUAGAAAAUUCUGUAGCCUUCCUCAUUCAAGCUUGUGACAGCACUUAUGCUAUGGCCUUCUUAAAACGAGGUCUGGUCGGCUACGUAGGUCAAAUGACUAUGAGUAAUCUGUAUGUUAUGUAUAAGAGAUAUCACAAGUAUAUGGGGAAUUCUUAAGUUGACUUUAUUUGUAUGAGGGGCAAUAAAAAUCUGUGACGUAACUACUGAUGACUUUAGUUUUCAAGAGAGUUACAAUCAUAUAGGUUUUAUGUUAGCUAUUGAUCGUUUUAGCCAAGGCAGUUUUUGGAUAAACUUUAAUUAACAUAAUAUAUGAAUAUACUUCAAACAAAACUUCUUAUAGACAAAACUUUCUAAAAUAUAAAGGGAUGAUGUAAUUUUUCGUAAGUCCGUCAGGUACUUUAAUUAAUGAUACUGCAUACGUAUUUUUUCUUUUGCCACAUGGUUGUUGACUGCACGGAUAGGCCAGUGGUUGAGAUCACCACGCCAAACCCACUGUGUGCGUCGUAUAGCGGGUGCGACACCCGGGUAGGACAAGCAUGUGUGAUCCACGAAUGCUUGUUCUAAGUCUGGGUGUCUUUUUGCAUGUGAUUUGUAUGUUUGUGA